AUGGCAGCCGUCAGCUCUGACGGCGCGCUGACGGACGGAUCACUUUCCUCUCUCUUCCUGGCCGUCGGCGUCGGUCUCCCGUGCACCGUCAUGCAAUGCGGUGACGUCAUCUACCGGAGCACGCUCGCAGCGGACGAUCAGUUGAGAUUGACGGUGGGAGGAGUGCUGCUGCUGCUUCUGUUGGGGACUUACAUGUGGGCCACGCCGGGCGUCGUUCCCGGGUUCUUCGAUAUGUUCGUGUACGGGCCGAUCGAGCGCAAGAUACGGCCGCAGCUUAAGAAGUCCGACGUGAAGCUGGGGCGCAAGCUGGGGGAGGGCGCAUACGGCAGCGUGUUCCGUGCCACCAUCGCGGACAAGCCGGGGGAAGAGUUCGUGGUGAAGAAGGCGAGCGAGUUCGGCGCGGCGGAGCUGUGGAUGAACGAGCGCGUCAGGCGCGCGUGCCCGCAGGCAUGCGCGGACUUCGUCGACGGCUUCGUGGAGGUGCGCUGGAAGGGGGAGGAAGGGGGGAGAGAGGGGACUGAGAAGACCAAGACGCGUGACAACUUUUGGAUCGUGUGGAGAUUCGAGGGAAAUGCCACCUUCGCUGACGUGCUGCAGGACGAGAACUUCCCCUACAAUGUGAGUGUAGAGAUCAUACUCAUGAGAUUGCACGAAACCUUCUUACAUCCUUUCGUCCCCCCUCUCCCUCCUACCAGAGGAGGAGAUGAUGCUGGGGCACGUGCCUCAAGAGCCCCUCAAACCACCUUCCUCCGCGCAUUCAAUCUUUUAUAUCCCCUAAACGCGCCCCACCCCUCCUCCCCUCCUCCCCUUCACAUCACAGGAGGUGAAGGCAGUGCUGGGGUGGAGAAGGCAGUGCUGGGGUACGUGCCACGCGAGCCCCUCCAACCAUUUCCCACCCAUGAGCACUCCUUUAUAUUCACUCGGAACCUCUUCCUUCUUCCUUCCCCCACCUCGCAGGUAGAGAAGGCAGUGCUGGGGUACGUGCCUCGCGAGCCCAAGGGCCCGGAGCGGGAGAUGCGCGUGAUCCGCACCAUCCUGAAGCGCAUCCUGAAGAGUGUGGACAAGCUGCACUCCGUGGGCAUUGUGCACCGUGACAUCAAGCCACAGAACAUGAUCUUCAACUCGGACACGGGAAUGCUGAAGAUCAUUGACCUGGGUGCUGCUGCUGACCUGCGAGUGGGCAUCAACUACAACCCCAACGAGUUCCUGCUCGACCCGCGCUAUGCAGCACCAGAGCAGUACAUAAUGAGCACUCAGACGCCUAAUGCGCCUCCCCCCACCAUCGCUGCUCUGCUCUCGCCAGUGCUUUGGCAGAUGAACCUCCCUGACCGUUUCGACAUGUACAGUGUGGGAAUUAUCUUCCUUCAAAUGGUCUUCCCCAACCUCCGCACGGACAGUCCCCUGAUCCAGUUCAACCGCCAGCUGAAGCGCUGCGAGUACGAUCUCGCCAAGUGGCGCGAGGUGCAGGAAGGCCGCGCACUCAGCGACGCGCAGCUCAAAGCCUUCGCCAUGCUCGACGCUGACGGCGGCCACGGCUGGUCCCUCCUGCAAGCCCUCGUCAACGUGAAGCCCGGGCGGCGGAUUUCGGCCGCGGGAGCGCUCGCGCACCCGUUCUUCUACCCUGGAGAUGUGCCGCUGCUGCAGCAGCUGCGGCUGGGGUUUGUGCGGUUCCUGUAUCGGGACAACACGGAGCUGUCGGAGGCGUUUGGGACGUUCAUGUCGAAAGCAGGCACGGAUGAGGCUGGCGGAUUCACGGAAGCGUCGCUUAUGGAAUUCAAGGUGAGAGAAGGGGGAUUUGGGGUUUGUGCGGUUUCUGUACCGGGACAACACUGA